UACACUUGGCCAGAGUAUCGAAGUUUUUCCCAUAACAAGUGACAAGCCCUUCUAUCCGAUUUACGACUCCUGGAGUGCUGGAACCGCAUUCCUCUCCUUUCCUUCCUCAGCUGUUUCUGGAAUCUGCAUAGGAUUGAAGGAUUCGGCAUCUUCUCUAGAGUUCAUUUGCCUACUGACCUAAGAAAAGAAGCAAAUGGCUGCCCACAAGAUUGCUCACGUGACCUUGACAGGGCCGAGUGUGGUCAAGGAGCUCUUCAUUGGCUUCGCACUCGGGUUAGCCGCAGGUGGCAUGUGGAAGAUGCAUCACUGGAAUGAGCAGAGAAAGACCAGGGCCUUCUAUGAUAUGCUGGAGAAGGGCGAGAUCAGUGUUGUUGUUGCAGAAGAAUAGCUUCUCAUUGCAUUUCAUUUCACCCAAUGCUCGACGGUGCUGAUUUUUCCUCUGUUGAUUUGAAAGAUAAGUUGCAUAUGGGCAGAAAUGGGUGAGUUUUCAUUUGGGCAUUGAAACUUGAAAUAGGCAUUUUUGCGUGGAACAAUCCUCGAUAUUUUUCUCUUGAUUACGCAUGGCGGUGAUUGGAAUAAUGUUCAAAAACUCUCAGGGCUCCAAGCCAGAGAUGUUUCUUGUUUCUUUUUAAUUUAAAAUACUUGUUGAAAACAGUUGUACUUGAUUGGUAUUAUGGAAGACUAGGGCUGUGUUUGGAUAUGCA